AUUCUUUGUGAUUGUGUUGUGAUUCCUGGUCGGGCAGUUUGUUCGUAUUCAGUGUGAAGUUCUGAAGUUUUACGGUUUAGUUUAGUUUUUAGAGGAAGAAAAUGGCAGAUCCCGAGUUGAAUGUAGACAGCUUAAUACAGAGAUUAUUAGAAGUUAGAGGAUGUCGCCCAGGGAAAUCUGUGCACAUGACAGAAGCAGAGGUACGCGGCCUAUGCCUGAAGUCGCGAGAAAUAUUUCUACAACAGCCUAUCUUGCUUGAACUUGAAGCACCACUGAAGAUAUGUGGUGACAUACACGGGCAAUACACCGACCUCCUACGUCUAUUUGAAUAUGGCGGCUUCCCGCCUGAAGCGAAUUAUUUGUUCCUCGGGGAUUAUGUCGAUCGUGGAAAGCAGUCGCUGGAGACAAUCUGUUUGCUGCUUGCUUAUAAAAUCAAGUACCCAGAGAAUUUCUUCCUGUUAAGGGGAAACCACGAGUGUGCAUCUAUCAAUAGGAUUUAUGGAUUUUAUGAUGAAUGUAAAAGAAGAUUCAAUAUAAAACUCUGGAAGACAUUCACUGAUUGCUUCAACUGCUUGCCAAUUGCUGCCAUAAUCGAUGAGAAAAUUUUUUGUUGUCAUGGGGGGCUCAGUCCAGACCUCCAGGGAAUGGAACAGAUCAGACGAAUCAUGAGACCGACGGAUGUUCCUGAUACAGGAUUACUAUGUGACUUACUCUGGUCGGACCCCGACAAGGACGUCCAAGGCUGGGGCGAAAAUGAUCGUGGCGUCUCGUUCACGUUCGGCGCCGAUGUGGUUAGCAAGUUCCUCAACCGUCACGAUCUCGAUCUCAUCUGCCGCGCCCACCAGGUGGUUGAAGAUGGCUAUGAGUUCUUCGCCAAACGACAGCUGGUUACUCUUUUCUCGGCGCCAAACUAUUGCGGAGAGUUCGACAACGCCGGCGGAAUGAUGAGCGUCGAUGAAACGCUGAUGUGCUCUUUUCAGAUUCUGAAGCCAUCAGAAAAAAAAGCAAAAUACCAAUACCAAGGCGUAAACUCUGGUCGCCCGUCAACGCCUCAACGGAACACUCCAAACAAGAAAAAAUAGGAGUCACACAGUAUCGUUUCCGUUCAUUAUUUAUACUUCUUCAUAUUGGAUGCAUUUCCUAACGUGUACUCACUACUAAUGCUGUAAAACAGUCAGUCUACAUGUGACAAAGAGUAUUGUAUAUUAUUUAAUUUUUAUUAUAAUUUUGUUAUGACUUA